GUUGAUGAAUGACAUGGAGAAGGAAUCCCCUACUCUCUUCACCAGACCACGCCACCAGGACAUAGAAGACCUGUGCGCGUUAUCACCGCAACGAACAUUGGAAUCAUCCGAGGCAACCGGGUCUUUUUGCCUGUGCCAUAUUUCCGUUACGUUUAAGUCAACAGAGAAGUGUUAAGUAUAUGAGCAGGAUUGCGUGAGUGGAUUGUUUUAACAACCCGGAAUACCGUUCGUGUUUUGCAAAUAGGAAGGCGCCUGUAAAGUGUGUGGAAACUCUAACUGGAAGUGAGAAGAGGGGGGAAAAACACAAAAAGAAGUGUGACGGUGCACAAAGGGCUGCAAGCGUGCGGCGUGUGUGGAUGAUAAUGUGGUGUGAGGGAAGGAAACAAUGGCCUAGAUCUGCUCUCUGCAACUCGUCAAGACUAGGUCUGUGACUACACUGUCAGUCUGUCUCAGUAAAUAGCCUUUCAUUAACUCACACGAAAAAGGAACAAAGAGGAAAACGACAUUGUCACCCAGUGCGCAAACCGAAUUUUUUUUAAUCAUUCGACCUAUUUGGCCAUUAGUUAACUCAUCGCUCUAUUUGUUUUAAGUUGUGUGGUGAGGUGUGGAGGGGAUGGUUUUGUUGCGGUAACAACUCCCAGCAUCGACAAUAUUGCCCUGUAUGCCCUGUCCCAUGACCCGAUAGACCCGCCGGUCUAGAGGUAGGCGAUACAAUUCCUCGUUUAUACAUACGUCUAGCCCUGCUAGGCCUACAUGAGUGAUGGCAAUGCCAGUAGAAUCUGACCGUCGCGUCAGUGUUGUAGUAGACCUACGGAACUGUAACAGCAGCAGCGCUCAAGACAAAACCUUCCGAGCGCCGGGGCGUAAUGGUUAUGUGAAAACGUGUGUCGCCCAGCCACUGUGCGACAGAUACAAACGGGAUGGCUCACAUUCUGAUUCUUGCGUGGUGAGGCUUGCGUUCACAAAGAUAUGGGGUGCCCAGAAACUCCGAUGUGCGGUGUGUGUGGGCUCGCUUUCGGUUCUUCUCGCCUUGUUGGUUAAACUAGCCGACUGGAGGACCGAUCUCAGUAGCACUAGCACUAACAACAGCAGUCAGCACUCCAGCUCCCCUGUUCAUUUUGUGCCAGGCUGCUUAGGGGAGCUGUUACUAACUCUUUGGCAUUUGAUCUCGCCUGUAUUUACCCUCCUAUGUGCCUUCUUUUGGCUGGGUUUGUAUUUGAUCCGCUGCGGAGUGCUUAUCCAGACCGCACUUUUCCUCCUCACGCUUUGCCACCUGGGCGAGACUGCGGCUUGGGCUCUCGUGCACGGUGGGACCGGGACGGAUGAACAACAGCUGUUUUCCCUCAGCGCGUCAGCGGCCGCGGUCGUGCUCGCCUGCCUGGCCACCGGCGCACUCAUGGUAGCGCGGCUGAAGCACGGCAUCCCAGUCAUAGUGUUCGUUAGCGUCGUCCGGACUAUCUCGCUACUCUCGCUGUACAAAGUGCGGGCCACCUGGAGACCGUACGCCGCGUACCUCGUCGGGGUCCUGGGCAUCCUACUGGCAAGGUAUGCUGAUUGUCUCCUACCGAACCAAGGGAUUCACGGGGAGGGCUGUACCCCCUCUGUGACUGGAGCGAAGGAAGGGGAAAACGAGACCCCUGUGUUUAAAAGGCGAAGGAGGUCCAGUUCUGUGAUUUCCUCAGACAUGGCACACAGUCAAUCCAACAGCAAGUCACACAGGAGGACCUCGCUGCCAUGCAUUCAGAGGGACCAGAUGCUAGAAUGGGACCACAAAAGAAGCUCAAGAUCAUCACAGUCGUCGGGCACCAGUGUGGUGGUGGAUAUAGCUGUGAUGGGAGAGGCCCACGGGCUGAUCUCAGACCUGCUGGCCGAUCCUUCGCUGCCGUCCCACACCUGCACUUCCCUCCGGGCUGUCAGCAACCUGCUCACCACCCAGCUCACUUUCCAGCCCCUGCAUCGGCCACGCCUCGCUCUGAUGGGCAUGAACCUAGGAGACGCAUACACCUGCUCUGACUCAGAGGAAGGGCCGGAGAAGGGGGAGAGGACCAAUUCCUUACCUAAGCGUCUGCGUCGUGGCCUUCACCCUGGCCUGAGAAGGAUCUCUUCUUCGUGGACCACCACCACCUCAGCUACGGGUCUGCCCACCAUCGAGCCUGGACCAGUACGCAGGUCCAGCAUUAGCAUCAAACCCUUCCACGAACCACUCACCUGCAGAAAUCGAGACUCAUCAGACCAGGCAACAUUCUUCCAGUCUUCAACUGUCCAGUUUUGCUGUGGGAGGCCGUUCAUCAAGCCAGGCCAUGGAGACGCCUCCACAGAGAAAGGGGAGCGGGUUCACCGGACAGAGGAUCAGGCGGUGGCGUCGUCCGACUACGACAGUACCCACGAGGCCAAUCACAGUGACAGCAGUGACGUAGUGCAGGCGGAGGAGGGGGACGCGGAGGGGGCCAAAAGCACCCCCCAAAGCCUCCUCAUGCUACCUCCUGAGGACCAGCCCCUCCUGGCCCCGGAGCCCUUAGUGAUGGAGGGCUUAGAGCCUCUGAUGAGCCAACUCAACAACUGGAACUUCCCCAUCUUCAGCUUGGUGGAGAAGACCCAGGGCCAGUGUGGGCGGAUCCUCAGCCAGGUCUCUCACAGGUUAUUUGAAGACACGGGCCUGUUUGAGACCUUCAAGAUCCCUGUUCAGGAAUUCAUGAACUACUUCCAUGCUUUGGAGAAUGGCUACAGAGACAUACCCUAUCACAACAGGAUCCACGCCACCGACGUUCUCCACGCCGUGUGGUACCUCACCACACAGGCAGUGCCUGGCCUGCCCAACCUGAUCUCUGACCACGGCUCCACCAGCGACUCGGACUCUGACAGCGGCAUCACGCACAGUCACAUGGGUUUCCUGGUGUCAAAGACUUACGCUGUGUCAGAGGAUGGCUACGGCUGCCUGUCGGGGCUCAUCCCGGCCCUGGAGCUCAUGGCUCUGUACGUGGCGGCGGCCAUGCACGACUACGACCACCCGGGACGCACCAACGCCUUUCUGGUGGCCACCAGUGCCCCCCAGGCGGUGUUGUAUAACGACCGGUCGGUCCUGGAGAACCACCACGCCGCUUCAGCCUGGAACCUGUUCAUGUCCCGUCCGGAGUAUAACUUCCUGGUCAACCUGGACCAUGUGGAGUUCAAACGCUUCCGCUUCCUGGUCAUCGAGGCCAUCCUCGCCACUGACCUCAAGAAACAUUUUGACUUCCUGGCAGAGUUUAAUGCCAAGGUGGUGGAUGACGUGACACGGGGCAUUGAUUGGUCCAAUGAGAAUGACCGGCUGCUGGUUUGUCAGAUGUGCAUCAAAUUGGCUGACAUCAACGGCCCAUUGAAGCACAAGGACCUGCAUUUACAAUGGACCCAGGGCAUCGUGGACGAGUUCUAUGAACAGGGUGACGACGAGGCCAGUCAGGGUCUCCCCAUCAGCCCCUUCAUGGACCGGUCUGCUCCCCAGCUGGCCAAGCUCCAGGAGUCCUUCAUCACCCACAUCGUGGGACCACUUUGUAACUCCUAUGACUCCGCAGCUCUCAUGCCCGGACGCUGGGUGGAGCCAGACCCAGAGGAGGAGGAUGACGACGAGCACGAGGAAGAGGAGCAGGAGGAGGAGGACACGGCAGAGGAUGAGGAUCGGUCAACUAGCUCUGAGGCAUCGCAGAAGAAGAAAACCACUCCCAAGAAGAGGAGGAAAGUGUUCUGUCAGAUCACCCAACACCUGAUGGACAACCAUGAGAUGUGGAAGAAGGUUAUUGCUGAAGAAACCGCCAAGCAAAGUAAUGUAGCUGAGCCAAUCCUAUCCAUCCAUGAAGAGGAGGAGGAGCCAGGGAGCAGGGAGGAUGUGGUGGAGGGGGAGGAGCCAGAAGAGGAAAGGGAGGGGCCGGAUGAGGAAGACACUGAGGAGUGGCCAGCACCCCCGCAGGAAGAGUCUGAAACUGCAGAGGAAGGACUACAGAAAGAGCCAGGGCCAGAGUGAAUAUAAUUGAAGGAAGAAGCGGGGCUUGAGUGAGGGCCCCAAACAGUCAUAGGAUAGAUUUAUGGCAGCCAUUGACCCUUGCAAGAACGUGAAAGGAACUUUUCUAUCCUAUAGACAUAUAAACUUUGACUGAUAUUUUUUGUUGCCAGCACAUUCACUUAGACACAACACUGUAGAAGUAUGGGAAAUUUGUGCCUAAUGAAAAUAUAACACAGGGAGGGGGAUAUCUACUGGUGUUUUACACAUUUUAUAUAUAAAACAAAAGAAUACCUUUCAGGUUCAGAGAACUCAGUCAUCUGGCCUCUGGAAGAACUGUCCAUUGUUGCAAUACAGGAUAUACCUAACUACAACCAGAUUACCAAAUGCGUUUUGCUACCGUCAAGAGUGGUUGGAGACUUGGUCAUGAAAACCCGUUGUAGAAAAACACGGACUGCAGAGACUGCUGCAAAUUUAUAUUAAAGAAAUAUUUUCUGAAUGCAAUUAUACUCAAAUUUCACGUUCAACUGGACUCACCUGUGUUUAAUUUAGGUGGGGUAUUUUAAGUAUUUUUUUCUGUGUCUAAUAAGUCUUAGUAAAACUGUUUUAUUUUUUUCUCUGAAAUGAGAUCACAAACAUUUGACUGGUUAACUUUGUGGAUUGAUAAGUGAAUCUAAACAAUGAAGCUCAAAUCGUCUUUCUAAAAUAAUUUUUUUCCAUCAUAAAAACAAAAUGUCUCAUUGAUCCCUCGGCGUAUCUUACACUUUUACUGUAAAUCACAAUAGCAAAUAUGUCCUCUAGUCCUCCUCUCACCUAGUCCUAAUUUCAUCUAGUCCUCCUCUCAUCUAGUUCUAAUGUCCUCUAGUCCUCCUCUCAUCUAGUCCUAAUAUCCUUUAGUCCUCCUUUCAUCUAGUCCUAAUGUCUUCAAGUCCUCCUCUCAUCUAGUCCUAAUGUAUUUCUCUCAUCUAGGCUUUAUGUCCUUUAAACCUCCUCUGAUCUAGUCUUUAUGUCUUCUAGUCCUCCUUUUAUCUAGUCCUAAUGUCCUCUAGUUCUCCUUUCAUCUAGUCCUAAUGUCCUCUAGUUCUCCUUUCAUCUAGUCCUAAUGUCCUCUAGUUCUCCUUUCAUCUAGUCCUAAUGUCCUCUAGUCCUCCUCUCUUCUGGUUUUAAUGUCCUCUAGUCAUUCUUUCCUCUAAUACUAACCUUCUCUAGUCAUCUUGGCCUCUAGUCAUCCUGUCCCUCUGUCCUCUAUUCUUCACGUCCUCUGGAAUUUCUAUUUAUUCUAUUCAUCAUGUCAUUUGUCCUCCGAUCCGCCUGUCCUCUAGUCAUAUCCCAAUGUCCUUCUGUCCUCUAGUCAUCAUAUCCCCAGGUCCUCCUCUCCUCUGGUCCUCCUGUCCUCCAAGUAUCUUGUCCUUCUGUCCUCCAGUCCUCUAGUCAUUAUAUCCACAUGUCCUCCUGUCCUCUAGUCAUCAUAUCCCCAUGUCCUCCUGUCCUCUAGUCAGCAUAUCCCCAUGUCCUCCUGUCCUCUAGUCAGCAUAUCCCCAUGUCCUCCUGUCCUCUAGUCAGCAUAUCCCCAUGUCCUCCUGUCCUCUAGUCCUCCUUUCCUCUAGUCAACAUAUCCCCAUGUCCUCCUGUCCUCUAGUCAGCAUAUCCCCAUGUCCUCCUGUCCUCUAGUCCUCCUUUCCUCUAGUCAACAUAUCCCCAUGUCCUCCUGUCAUCUAGUCACGCUGUCCUUUAGUCCUUUUGUCCUGUAUUCUCCUGUCCUCUAUCCAUCCAAUUCUUUAGUCCUUUAUUCAUCCUGUCCUGUAGUCCUCAAGUCUUUUUGUCUUGUGUUUUACUGAAAAACUAAAACUGUUCCUGUAUCCAUAUUAAGGACCCUCGAGUAGCUAUCACUUCACCUGGCGUACUUGACCGAUCAGGACAUGCUUGUGCCACUUUACUCCACAUGUGUACAUUUGAACAGUGGCUUUGUUCAGAGAUUAGAAUCCCCCAACUAAACACUAAAAUCAGUAGCCACUAAUCAGGAUUAUUCUGUCUACUAACACACAGAUUGGCUGAUUACAUUGUUCACCAGGAGACAAGAUAUUUGUACUUAUUGUACUUAUUAUUAUUGUUUCAGGCCUCCCCAUACACACACACACACAAAGCUACAUGUAUUUACAUGUAUGUCCUCCAAUUGAAAUCCACAUAGCUAACAAUUCAUACUACCCUCAAAUUAAGACAUCUGUAGAGACUGUUUCCAGGGAGAGAGUGGAAUGGCACAUAGUGGUCCUAGCUUUCACAGACAAGGAGUGUUCUAAUGGCACACUAUUCACUUCAUAGGGCACUACUUUUGUCAAGAGCUAUGCUCAGAAUUAGUACACUAUAUAAGGAAUAGUAGUGGUUUCCAUGUAAAUUGAGGCCACCUCGUGAUGCAGUUGGAGAGCUCAGGCCUCCGUCAUCAGUGAACAGCCUGGGAUUGUCCCUCUGGCCUCUGGCGAUUUUCUGAGACGGGAACAUUGGGUGUCCUCUCCUAAUUGGAUGUCCCAGCGUUAUUGGGUGGCCAAUUCAUAUUGGGGGCUUCCUGAUAAUUGGGUGUCCCCUUCCCCUUGGGUGUCCCCUCCUAAUUGGGUGUGCUGACACUGAUGUCUUGAUGCAGGGAUAAUCUGCAAAAGUGGCCUCGGUGACCUCUGCCUGAUUCCCAUGUAAAAUAAAGGUUGUAUAAACAACCCAGCCCUUCCCCAACCUCCCACCUGGAGACUUUAAUUAUUAGCAGGCCGACACCCUCCUCUACCACUGUAAAUAUGAGUACACAGAACUGAUCAAUGACAAAGCUCCUCCAUGUGUAGCUCUAUCAGACACCGUGCUAACUACACUACCACUGUGAAUGAUUGAGGCUAGGUGUGCAGCCUGCCGGGUGAGACCAACGGUAGCCCACGCUCAUUGGACAUUCUGGGUUCCCUCUCAUCUCAUUCCAAAUUUGACGUGGUUCUUUUAUAUGACCUUCCUCAAUCAGGUUUAUUUGUAAUUUUUUCUUUUACUCAUUUUUGAUGGGAUAAGCUGUUCAGGGCACUAACACAUGAGAUCUCAUGCUGUAAUCACAGUACUUGGAGAAGGUGUAUGUAAAGCUUAUAAAAUUAUGUGUAUGCUAUAUGUAGCUUUUACAGGUUUAAGUUGUGUUAGGGAACUUUUGAAAUGUAUCUUUUGGUUAAAAUCCAGGUUUAUGUAGUUUAAUCCACCGCCUUCCAUAUAGCAAAAUGACCAUGAUAAAUAAGAUAGACGUGACUUCAUUGAAGAUUCUAGUAUGUGUGUGUGCGCGUUUGUGUGUGUGUGUGUAUUUGAGUGUUUGUGUGUGCGUGCACUUGUCUGCAGCCCUACUAUGAUGCUAUGUCACUUCUAAAGAGAGUAUUAUCAAUUGAAACUCCGCAUUUUCUAAUACUUCCCAGUGCUUCCGGCCUUCCAAAUGCAAUAUUUUGGAAUUAUGCCAAUUUUUCUGUGAACUUAGAGAGGAAUAACAACAGAUAUUGAAGGUGUGUCUCGGUUGAUAAAUUCCUGGCACACUCCUGUAAAAGUGUGCCUCUCUUUUUCUCUCUCUCUCUCUCAUGAAGAGCAAGGUCGAUCUGCAGAGGCUUAAUUGGACGGACAGUCCAUUCAGUGAGCUAUUUGGAUUUAUUAACCUAUGCACAUCUUUAACGCUUGUACUUUGCCUGUUGAUGUGGAGCACAGCUGCCCAAUCCCCAUAGGUCAAAACCCCUUCUGGUUUUCAUCCUUUCCUUCUAAUCAGGGAAUCAGGUACUGAUACCCAGAGACUCUCUGUGAGUCCAAGGUGUCCGUGGGGUAAGACGGGCAGGUGACGCAGACGGGUCCCUUUUCAAUUAAUUCCCUGUCAUGUUGCCUCUCAGGUGGUCCCUGCUGUUCGGAGUAAAAGGUCUUGAAAGACAGGUGUGUUGAACAUAUAACGCUCUGUUUCUCUGUCAGCAUGACCCGCCAGAUUGACGGAUAAGCAGAAAAACUAAGAGACAUUCGACACGUAAAACUGUAGAGUUUUCUUUCUUAUUUUGAAAAACCUGUCCUGUUUUGGUGACUGUGUCAUUGCUCGUGUUGGUUCGCGAUCAUACGGUGAUCACUGAUCGGUCAAUCUUUUCUUUUACUAUGUCUGUCGGACCAUUCCAGCCCCAAUACCAAAAGACCCGUUUCUAGAAUGUUCCAGUGUGUUAUUAUACUCCUCUGUCUUAAAUGAUUUUUAUUUGCCAUGAUUAUUGUAAACAACAUGUUUUAUCAUUUAUAAUGAGAACCAAACAAGCUUAACAAUCCUAUAAACAUGAAAAUGAGACUUGUAUUUUUUAUAUAGUUGACACUUCAUGAUGAUUAUACGACUAAUGGUAGUUUUUUUCUCUCACCAGUACCUUGCACUUACCACAUGUAGCAAUACGUACACAAGGAAGAUAUGUCAUAAUAUUAAUAAACAAUUCACAGUAUUUGUUAAGUAAAACUUAAUUUCCUUCCUGUUUUAUGCUCCAUUUUUGUACUAUAUAUAUAUA